AUGGUGCUAGGGACGGUCUACCUCGAUCCUGACCGCUACGCUCCACCACAUCGCUUCGAGCGCACACGCUUACGCAGCUCCGAAGUGCUUCAUGUUGUUUUAACCCUACUAGCGUUCACUGAAAUCCCUGACUGCGCUUCUAGGAAGCAGGGUCAAGUCGAUCUAGCCCAAUUAAAGAUGCCCGCAUUUGAACAAACCAAAGUUGCCGCCGAGGCUUUCGCUAAGCUGAUUUGUUGUGCUAAUCCGGAAUGUAGGCAAGAAUCUGACAACUUACAAACGCUGGGGACGACUUGUAAGCAUGCUUUCUGCUGGGACUGCAUCAAUUCUUAUUCAUCAAUGAACACGCUCGUUCUUUGCCCUAUGUGCGCGUGUCCUCUGGAAGUGAACCAUCCUAAGGCCGCUAUAAUCUUCAAUAAUCUUGCACAUCACAUCAACGAUUUCAGACUGUUGCUGGACGAAUACGAAAAAUGCCUCGCAAACGAAGGAGAAGUGACUGCUGCUGGUACGAUUGCACAAACACAGGCGCUUCUUAAAGGUCAUGACUUCGCCUCUGCAGAUGAAGUUAACCAAACCGCUAGGAACAACGCUGUCAACGAGUUCAUCAGCACUCAGCGUCUGUCUUCUGAAGACCUAGAGAACGAUCUUGACUUGGACUCACCUGCGAGUGAUUUCUCGGAGGAACUAAAUCUCACACCACCUCCAACCAAUCCUCAUUUGACCGCUGACGUUAAUGAUGGACAAAUCAGAGCGAAUUCGCAGACUGUUGUGGAGUUUGCGGAGUGCUUUGAUCGCCUUUCUGAUGAGGAUCUGGCAGUGACUCCAGUAGAGGACGGUAUUAUUACCGACAGUGCACCGCAGUUUGACCAGCCAUUGAUGUCAUCAACACAACGACCAAACCUGUUCCUUUCUCAAGCUCUUCAUGCUCGCAAUGAAAUGUUCCAGAAGGAGGCCACCCAGGAGGUGAAAACAUAUCGGGGCGAGAAAAGUUAUAAUUAUUUCGCGGUGAAACCUACAAAAACCUUUGACAAGGGAGGGAAAGACACUGAAGCACCGUGGCUGGACCUUCUUCGGAGGGGCCGUACAAACGUACCUCCGAAGACUACUCUGAAGAUUGAAAUACAGGAAGGAGAGGAAUUUGUGGUUCCUUCGACGUCCGUACAAGAUGAUCGAGUAACUCCUAAGCGAGGUCCUAAAGUAGAAAUUUCUUCGUCUUCUCGCGGCCGCAAGUCCUCAUUUUCUACUCCACGACCAUAUUCGCGUAUUGAUGAUCCGGUUAUGGAUGCAGUGAUCAGUGGUGAACUGGACCAAGUUAAGAGUGCUAUCGAAGCUGGACACGAUGUCAAUAACCGUGAUCAGCAGAAGCGAACCCCUCUCUUUGUUGCUGUCGAAAUGAAACGUUUGGAUAUUUGUAAAGUGCUUGUCGAGCGGGGAGGAGCAGUUAUUAAUGCUAAUUGUGGUCCCGACUGCAACACUGCCCUUCAUGUGGCUGUAGCACAAGGGAAUGAGGAAAUAGCCAGAUAUUUGCUAUCAAAAGGUGCCAGCAAAACGAUCCGAAAUAUUAGACAAGAAACACCAUCCCAGUUAGCACAACCUCGUUCACCACUACGUUCGUUGGUAGAGAAAUACCGCACCCACCCAAGACAGCUGUUGGUUCCGCGACUUCCUGAUGUCUACAUUGUAUGUUAUGCAAAAGAUGUAAAGAGAACCCUUACAUAUGGCGAGCAGUCGCUUCUUAACAAAUUGAUGACGGUCGUGGAAUUCUGCGAUGAAGCGACAACGCAUUAUGUUGUUGCAGCUGAUGCCGAUGGAGUCGCUAGUGUCGAUGCCGAUUUGUUAAGAGCAAUGCUGCAGAACACUCGCAUUAUGAGCGUGGACUGGCUGAAAGAGUGUGUGCGUUUAAAUAAAACAGUGCCCCAUUUGCAUUAUGAGGUUUCGAAGCUGAGAUACCUGGAAAACGAUGUGGUGGUAAACUCCUUGGAGCGAUGCAGAAAAAGCAAAGAAAGAAUGGAACCUGGACUAUUUCACGGCUGCGUCUUUUACUUACUGCUGAAGAAGUAUAAAGGCAUUGAUGAUCGUCGACUGCUUCCUGAUCUUAUAAGGCUCGGAGGGGGUGAGCUGUCUGUAGGCGAGCCAGAAUACGAAGAAAGUGCUCCCCUUCCAUUCCACGCACCGCAACUAUCAUCACCAAUAUUCAUCGUGUAUGACGUUACAAUGACAAGAAGUAUUCCUAACAAAUUCCAUCGUCAUCCUACUAGAUACAAUAUGGUAUCGGCGCAGUGGAUUAUUGAGUCUGUCAUGGAAUACGGCAUUAAACCAGUUGCCUAA